AUGUCCACGUCCGUGCAGGUGGAGCCGGUCAUGGAGAGGAGGUAUGGAGGAGUCGGACGCUGCAAGUGCUCCUUCUGGUUCGCAGUGGCCCACGACAUCCUGGGGGUGCUCAUCAUGAUGGUGGGGGUGUUCGGGGGGCUGGUCAUCCAUGACUUGUUCAUCUACGCGGGGGGAAUCAUCAUCUUCUUUAGCCUCAUCUGGUGGGUGUUCUGGUACUCCGGGAACAUCGACGUGCCGCCCGAGGAGCUGGAGGACGACGUCGGUUUGAUCAAGCUGAAGAACCGAGGGAUCAGCCGGGUGGUGAGGCGCAUGUCCAGCCGCCUCUCCACUGGAAUCAGGAACUCCUUCAGGAGGAACGGCCAGCCCAACAGAGAGGCUCCCAGGGGGCCACAGCCUCAAGAGGGACCCACCAGGCCUUCAGACACCGGCCCGCAAACACAGACAGACGUGUCACUUUCUAUUAUCUAUGAUAACUCUAUGAUUUCUUCCUCAUCUAGAGAAUUUGUGAGAGAAACUCUGUCGGUAUGA